AUUUUGCUCACUGUCAAACAGAGAAAAGAGAACUGAGAAGCGAGCGUGCGAGGGAAAGCGUUCGUGUCCGCCGCAACAGGUUAAAGAACGGUGGCACCGGCAACCGUAACUGUAUUCACCAUGGCUAAUGACUCGUCGUUUUUGUUCGCCGGCAUUCGUUUCGAUAGAAAGAAAUUCGGCACCGAUAUUGCUAGGUUUCAGAAAAAAGAUACCGACAACAGUUUGGUGAAGAUUCAGAGUGUGAUAGAAGAUGAAGAAAACAAGGAAACAAUAGAAGCUGUUUCUGCUAAGAAGAGAAAGCGCAAGAAAACCUCUUCAGAAGCGGUUGACGGAUUCAGUGUGUUCCGAAGUUCCACAUCCAAGUCAAACAAAGAAGUCAAAGUCGAUGACAACGAGGAUGAGUCCAUUCGGCUGAAGAAAGAACAAAAUAAGCAACUUGAGCGUGAUGCAAUCUUCAGAAAGAAUCAUAACAUUCAUGUCUCCGGUUACAAUGUGUCUUCCCCACUUCAAAGCUUUGACGAGUUGAAUACAAGAUAUAAAUGUCCGUCCUAUUUAUUACGGAAUCUGGCAGAACUUGGAUUCAGAGAACCAACACCAAUCCAACGACAGGCUAUUCCAGUACUCUUACAGGAUCGUGAAUGUUUUGCCUGUGCCCCAACUGGCUCUGGAAAAACCCUUGCAUUUGUGUGUCCCAUGCUCAUGAAGCUCAAGGCUCAUGCAAAAGGCGGCGUUCGAGCUGUUAUUAUUUGUCACAGUCGUGAAUUAUCUGGUCAAACAUAUCGAGAGUGCAAAAAGCUUGCCAAAGGGGAAAAGUUCCGCAUCAAGUUAAUGACAAAAAGUCUUUUAAGAAAUGCUGAUUUUUCAAAAUUUUCUUGUGACAUACUUAUAUCCACGCCACUUCGAUUACGCUUGGCUAUCAAGAAGAAAAAGGUUGAUCUCAGCAGAGUUGAGUAUCUUGUCCUUGAUGAGUCUGAUAAGCUAUUUGAGCCUGGGUUGUUCACGCAGAUUGAUUCUAUUAUCAAAGCAUGCACAAAUCCCUCAAUAAUACGCUCUCUGUUCAGUGCUACUUUACCUGAUUUUGUUGAAGAUCGUGCUCGAGAACUGAUGCAUGAUGCUGUUCGGGUAAUUGUUGGCAGGAAGAAUAUGGCUUCUGAAACAAUUAAGCAAAAGUUGGUUUUUACGGGAAGCGAAGAAGGAAAACUUAUAGCAAUUCGGCAAAGUUUUGCAGAGAGUUUAAAUCCUCCAGUAUUGAUAUUUGUCCAAAGCAAGGAGCGAGCCAAGGAGCUGUAUGGGGAACUUGCAUUCGACAAUAUUAGAGUUGAUGUCAUCCAUUCGGAUUUGUCUCAAGAUGAGCGAGAAAAUGCAGUUGACAACUUCAGAGCUGGUAAAACAUGGGUUUUGAUUGCCACUGAUGUGGUUGCUCGGGGAAUGGAUUUCAAAGGCAUUAACUGUGUGAUCAAUUAUGACUUCCCAGAUUCUGCAUCGGCAUAUAUCCACAGAAUUGGUCGUUCUGGCAGAGCAGGGAGGAGUGGCGAAGCGAUUACAUUUUACACAGAGGAGGAUAUUCCAUUCUUGCGGAAUGUAGCUAAUAUAAUGGCAUCCUCAGGUUGUGAAGUUCCAUCCUGGUUGACGGAGUUACAGAAAAAGAAGUGGAAGAAGCACCGGCCCAACAGAGAUUCUAUCUCAACCAAACCUGUAGUCGAAAAGGAAAACUCAACAAAACCUGAUCUAUAAAGCCUAAAACAGCAGAGAAUUUCCCAGCUGUUUAUUUAUUCAUAGAUCAUGCAAGUAUGCAAAAAUGUUAAAGUUUAUAAUUCCCCGACUCUAAAAAAUGGUAAUUUAACAUGGUGAAAAAGGGAGAGUUGAUAGAAACAAUACACAAGCAAUGUUGCCUAAUGCCUACGUAAGAUCAAACCAUGAUAUAAUCAUAUAUAGUUUUUUCUUGUCAGUUGCCACCACCAUUCCAGAUAUCCCAAGUGUUAUCUCUUACUUGUAUUAAAUGGGAAUUUUUGUGUCUCCCUUUGUAGCUAACAUACAAUUUUGUUGACCCUUAAAUGUCUGAUUUGAUAAACUUCGAAACUCUUUCAUUUAUUGUAUGUUUGGAACCACA